AUGUACUCCAUGCUUUCCCUUCUCAAUUUUCGUCUAAUUCCUUACAAUUCUUCAAAUCUGUGCUUUAUACGACAGUCCCAUUCAAAUCGGAUCAAAAAAGUUUUGAUUGCCAAUAGAGGCGUAAUUGCUGUCAGGGUCAUGCAAACGGCAAAAAUGAUGGGAAUCGAGACUGUCGCAGUCUAUUCCGACGUCGAUGCAAAUUCUUUGCAUGCUUCUCUAGCGGACUCCUCAUAUCGGAUUGGCCCAGCAACUCCCUCACAAAGCUACCUUAAUAGUGACAAAAUCAUUGAAAUUGCCAAACUUGCCCAGGCCGAUUCAAUUCACCCUGGCUAUGGCUUCCUCAGCGAAAACUCCCACUUUGCUCAACUCUGUGCCUCAAACAACAUUAUUUUUAUUGGCCCUCCACCUUCAGCAAUAUAUGAUAUGGGAAUGAAAAACAAAGCAAAACAAAUAAUGAUUGAGGGCGGAGGCAAAGGAAUGCGUAUAGCCUGGUCAGAAAAGGAUUUUCUCGAAUCGUUGGAAUCGGCCCGUUCCGAAGCUCAAAAAUCGUUUGGCAACACAGACAUGAUUUUGGAGAAGUUUGUUACAAGGCCUAGACACGUGGAGGUUCAAAUUUUUGGUGAUAUGAACGGAAAUUAUGUUUAUCUUUGGGAAAGAGAUUGCAGCAUUCAACGUAGACAUCAAAAAAUUAUUGAGGAAGCGCCCGCUCCUGGUUUGUCUUUUGAGACUCGUCAUUGGCUUGGGCGUACAGCUGUAAACGCCGCGGCCGCAGUGAAGUAUGUUGGUGCUGGGACUGUUGAAUUUAUUUUUGACACCGAAUCCGAGCAAUUUUAUUUUAUGGAAAUGAAUACUCGUCUUCAAGUAGAACAUCCUGUGACUGAGGCUAUCACUAAUUUGGAUUUGGUAGAAUGGCAAUUUCGAGUAGCUGCUGGUGAACAGCUUCCACUGAAACAAGAAGAAAUUAAAUUAAUUGACCAUGCCAUUGAGGCCCGUAUUUAUGCAGAAGACAGUCACGCAAAUUUUAUGCCAACAGCAGGCACUCUCGAAUAUCUACAAUUCCCUAAAAACGUUCGUGUUGACUCUGGUAUAAGACAAGGAGAUGAAGUGACUGUUUUUUACGAUCCAAUGAUUGCAAAAAUAAUAGCAAAAGGAAAAACGAGGGAAGAAGCAAUUUUUAAAUUGGAAAAUGCUUUAAAUCAAACACAAAUUGGAGGAAUUUUUAAUAAUGUUGAAUUUGUUCGGAGUUGUUUAAAACAUGAAAAAUUCUUGUCUGGUGAUUUAUACACUGAUUUUAUACCUGAACAUAUCAAUGAAUUGAUGCCGAUGAAGAAGGAAAAUGAUUUUUAUGUUCUUUUGGAAUCGGCUAUUGCUUUUGUGUUGUUGGAUACACCAAAUUCUUCAACAACUUCAAAUCCUUUUCUUUUACUCCCUUAUUUUCGCCUUAAUCAAAAAGCAAAAAGAACAAUUAAUUUGGGCAGCAAUACAUUAACCGUUGAAAUUUUGGGAAAUAAUAAAUAUAAAAUUGAAGGAAAUUUGGAAAAUGAAGAAAGUGGAAAGAUAGAAGAAGAAAUAUUAAUUUCAGAAAUAAAUAAAUUUAAAACUUCAAAAACCUUUAAAAAUGGAAUUCAAUUUAAAAUUGAAUUGAUAUCCAAAGGAUGUGAAAGAUGGAAAUGUAAAGCUGUUAAAAUGAAUGAAAAAAUCGCGGUUUUUGGUUCUGGACAUUCUACUUGGAAUUCUAUUUCUUUGGAUGAAGAGAUUUUUGACUCGGAAGAAUUUUUAGGAACAUCAGAAAUUGAUGGAAACCCAAAAUCUCCAAUGCCUGGAAUUGUUGAAAAAUUGCUUGUAAAUGUUGGGGAUAAAGUAGAAAAAAAUCAAAGUUUAGUGGCUUUGAAUGCUAUGAAAAUGGAAUAUUUAAUUAGGUUUUUUUAAAUUUUAAAAAAUCGAAAAAAAAUUUUUAGAACACCAUUUGACGCAAUUGUGGAUUCAAUAAAUUGUUCUAUUGGACAAAGUGUACCAAAAAACUUUUGUUUGGUUAAUCUUAAAAAGAUUGAAGAAGAAUAAUGUGACAAUUGGAGGGUUUAAUUUUAAAGUUGUUUAUAUUUAUAGUUACCCCUCCCCUCCUCUGUGAUUCUAAAGAAAUUUUAUGUGUAUCAGCAAUUUUCUAUAUGUUGACAAAUUUUACAAUUUUUUUAUUUAUACUAGUUCCAAAUUUGGUCGUCUUGAAAAUGGAGAUCAGACUGGAAGGGUUGUUUGUAGAGAUUGAUAUUUUAGAAAAUCCUGGGCCUGUCCUAGUUCCGGGUUUGAUUUAUUGACCUGG